AUGGAGGCCGCUACUAUCUCUCCCACCACAUCUCCUGUCAACAUAUCAGCCGCCGACACACCUGCGUUUGACCGAAAACCCUUAGCCAUGGACGCUCGUGUCACUACUGGUUUCUCCAUUGCAAGCACAGUUGAAGCUGAAGCCGCCACACCGCCACCUCGCCUGCUCGACAGCGACCCCAGCAAGUUUCGAUCACUCAAGCAGGUCAUUGUUAUCGGCCGUCCUGGGAGCGGUACUGAUGGCAUUGGUGAUGCUCUCAAGAAGCUCAACUUCAAAGUCUACGAUUUUCAAGCAGCAAGCAAUCGGUACGAGCGUGAUUUCCCGCUAUGGGUGGAAGCUGCUCGCCUGCGCAACGAGGGCAGGCCGUACAACCAGUCUGACUACGAUAAGCUGAUCGGCGACCACAACGCCCUUGUAGGCGCGCCUACCUCUUUCUUUGAUGGCGACUUCGUCAAACUGUACCCUAACGUCAAAGUCAUCUUAGUGACACGCCAGCCCGACGCCUCGGCAGUUGCUGGUCUCCUUGAGAGGGUUGCAUCUCGUUUCUGGUGCCAUUUCGAUCCUGUUUAUCAUGGCAACAUGUACCAGUUCAUCAUGCUCAACGGUGGUUCGGAGCUUGCCCAAUGUGUUGGAAUCAACGAGCAAGUCAUUCGUGAGGCUGUUCGGGAGAAGAAUCUUCUCGAGAUCCACAACUUGGUUGCAUGGGUGCCACUGUGCAGGUUCCUCGGCGUCCCAGUCCCAGAUAUGCCUGCGCCAGAGCUUCACGACAACGCGAUUGAGGCGGAACUUGCUGUUCGUCCACAGCGCGCCCUUUCAGAGACACUGGAUAAGGUACGCCGCGUUAUCGUCAAGACGUUGACUUAUACCUUCACAAUGGCCUUGAUCACUGCGACUGCUACACUGGCAGUCAUCAUCGGAGCCCUUGUACUUGUAAAACUCUUCUCCAUGGCCUGCAGGCUCUUCGAUUUCCUCGUCGUACGCUCCCAAAUUUGCGACGUAAUGCAAUCGGUUGCCGUAGGAGCAGCGCUGAUCGCUCUUCUCUGCGGCUUUGUUGCAGGAUACGCCCUGGGUUCUGUUCGUCAAACGAAAGUCGUCGAAAUUGCAUCGCCCACACCUGAAUACCAGCGCAAGUUCGGGAACAGCCGCAGGAAGGGCAAACAAGGCCGCGGCAGGCAGUCUCAUAACGAUGAGAACACGCGCCCUGAGCGCCCCGUACUGCCUUCAUGGAGCGGCGCGCAGAAUGACAUUCGCAGGGACGAUGCGGCAAUGUACGAAGAGGGCCGAGCAAGCUUUGAGGAGUGGAAGAACGACAAACACGUGACGUUCCAUGUCACACACAAGCGGACUGAGGGCGGCCAGCAGUUCUUCAGUGGUCCUCGCAAGGUUCUAUCGGUGACGGAGGAGACGAUCGAGUAG